GACGAAUCCUCGGGCCACUGAUAAUAGUUAUGGAGGCCAAAACAAGCGAACCGAAGCAAAACCAGCCAUCAACACCGGCAUUAUCAACGCGGCGGCCCAGAGUUAGAGAAGUAUGUUCCAGAUUCAUGUCUCCGGUUACUUCUUCAUCUUCUUCUUCCUUUUCCUCCGCCGGCGAUCUCCACUUUUUCACCACUUCGAGUUCUCCUAAACACCACCGACGCUCUGUUUCUGCUCAAAGGCAUAUACGUCAGUUAAAAAUGUCGGACGGAGACGAGAACCGCUCAUCGGAGACGGCGGCGCGUAGCGCAGACUCGCCUUUUACACUCUCUCUGACCGGUAAAGCAUCGAAAGUAAGCCACUUGAAGCCGCUCGAGGAGAAUUCUUCUCACCGGCUCGAAACGCCUAGGCUGCCGGUCCUUCCUCCGCCGUCUAGAUCACGGCUAAGCCAACAAAGAUUGCUAACUGCUUCCGCUGCGACGAGGCUUCUCCAGUCAAGCGGCAUAUCGUCAGCCUCUAAUGAGAAAGAAGGAAUCAUCAACGGUCAGGAUAAAUCUAAAUCCAAUGGCUCUGAUCAGUUUCCGACGCUUUCUUGUAGAACAAGUCAUCCUAAAGUCUUCAACACUUCUGUAACUUCUUCUUUUAUCCGAUCUGUGAGCUCACCGUUGUCGAGCUGUACCAGUCGUGAGAGCAGUUCGUUUUCGCGGAUAGGCUUGACAUUGCCUCCCGUGGCACCCAAUUCGAAGGCUCCCGCCGAUACUAAGAAACAGAGGAAGGCUUCAGUGCAAUUGGAAGAUGUACAUUCUCUGAAAAUACUCCACAAUCGUUACCUCCAAUGGAGAUUUGCCAACGCCAAUGCACAAGUGAAGACUCAAUCUCAAAAAUCUCAAACUGAGACCAUGAUCUAUUCCUUUGGUUCGAAGAUAUCAGAAUUACAUGAUUCUGUGCGAAGGAAACGCAUAGAGCUUCAACGUUUAUCAAGAAUUAAAGCACUUCUUGCGAUUACAGAAUCUCAAACUCCAUGUUUGGAGCAAUGGGCUGCUAUUGAACAAGAGUAUUCAACGUCGUUGUCCCAAACCAUCCAGGCUUUGUCUAAUGCUUCAUUACGGCUUCCACUUGAUGAAGAUAUCAUGGUUGAUGAUUCUAAACAGUUGGGAGAUGCACUUGUGGCUGCUUCAAAAAUUAUUGACGGCAUUACACAAACUGUUGGAAAAUAUAUCCCAAAGGCAAAGGAGAUGGAGAGUUUGGUGUCAGAAUUAACAAGAGUGACUAGUAGAGAAAAAUCAUUGACAGAAGAUUGCGGAGUGGCUCUCCUCAAAACACAAGCUUCACAUAUUGAAGAAUGCUCUCUGAGAAGUCAACUUAUCCAGCAAACACCAAAAGAAGAUUACUCAUCUACUAAGUGAACAUGUACAACUCUUGUUCUGUUGGUAGAGAACUAUAGUCGGAUCAGUACCGCAGCAUUAAAGUAGCGAUGUAUAGACGACUAUGAAAGAAAUUGAUUAAGAAUCUCAA